AUGUCUAACAAUUAUAAUACCAAGUCAAUUUAUACUGUUGCUUUAAAUGAGCUCCUAAAUGUGAAUGUCAAUAGCGAGAGUUUAAAAGUAUUUUUAGAAAAUAUUGUCAAUGUGAUUAACAAUUAGUCUAAGUAGUUACAAUCAUUUUAGCAAUAGCUUGAAGGUAAAGCAGAUAAAGAAGAGGUUGAAAAAGGAUUCAAGUCAGUUUCAGAUAGCAUUAACAUUUAUGAUAAUGAGUUGUUAAAAACAAUCAAUAACGUCUUAGAAAAACCAAAGUAAGAAAAUACAGGCAAUAAAGUUGAAGAUGGAGCUAAUAAAGUUUGUAACAAAAUAGUUAUGCUAGGACACGCAUGCACUAUUCUAUAUAGAGCUAACAAGGGAUGGGAUAAAAAGUUAGAUGAGAUUGCAUUAGAAAUACCUAAAAAGCUUGAAAGAGAUGAAAUGAAAAUAAAAGUUAAAAAAACUAAAACAAAACUUGUUAACGAGUUAGAAGAAAUUAAAAGGAAACUUAACAAGUAAAUGGAUGAAUUGAGUAAGAAAACAGUUACUUAAAUAAACAAGUUUGAGAUUGAAGUGAAAGAUGUUGAAAAGAAAACUUUGUGGAAAAUAUAAGAUUGUGAAUAAUUAUUGAGUAAAAGAAUAACAGGAGAGUUUGUAGAUAACUCUAUAAAAUGCCUUGAAGAUAAAAUUAGAAGAGAAAUGCUUAAAAUGAAGGAAGAAAAUUUUGGAGGGAUAAACAGUGCUAUUGAAGAUCUAGAAGAUAAAUUUAAGGUAUUUGAAGAAAAUAAUACUGAUAAAAUAAAAAAUGUAAAGCAGUAGCUUAAGGAUGUUGAAGAUAGCUUUGCUAAUAAGUUUGCCUUAAAUGAAAAAUAUGAAGCAAAUAAAAAAAUUGUUUAAGAUAAAAUUUCAGAAAUUGAAACCAGGCUAAUUACUUUAGAUAGAAAAGGUGAUGCUAAUCAAGUUCUUGAAUAAUCAAGAGAACUUGUAAGAUAACUAGAGGCUAAACUCUAUGAUUAAGAAAGAUAAUUGAAUGAAUUAGCUGACUAAGUUUCAUUGUUAGGUAGUAGAGCUAUUAGCAGUGACAAAAAAUAAAAAAGUGGAAAUGGAGAAGAUGAUUGUAUUGAUCCUCAUAAAUUGUGUUUAUUAGAAGCUAAUUUAAAGAGACUUAGAGACGAAUUCAAUGAAUAAAAAAGAAAUUAUUCAACUUUAGAAUAAGAUAUAAGAAGAAAGUUUGACACAUUUGAACAUAAAGUGCUAGGAAAUUUUGCAUUGUUAAAGAAGUAAAACUAAAGCGAGUUCAAUAGAGAUGAAAUUAUUGGACUUAUUGAAAGAGGAAAGGUAAUUGCUGAGGAAAAAGUUAAAUAAUUAGCUAGAGAAUUUGAGGAUAUAAAACCAAAAAUAAACGGGAUUUCUGAAUUAGAGAAGAAAAUAAAAAAGAAAUUUAGAGAUAUGUCAGAAAAUAGUGAAUUAUCAUAAAAAAUAGCAGAAAAGGCUGAUAUAAUUGAAGUUAAUAGAUAAAAUAACUUCUUAGAAGAGAAAGUUAGAUAGUUAACAGAUACGAUUUAGUCUUUCAAGAGAGAGUUUGAAUAAAUUGAAGAUUUUUAUAUGCAACUUAAUACCAUGAUAAAAUCUAAUUAAUAAGAAGCUAUAAGUGUAAUAACUGGUAAUACAAAAGUUAUUCCUAAUAGGUGUGUUGCUUGUGGUACCAAAGGAAAGUAAGUACACAACAUGUCAGAUAUGAAAGGGUAUGAUGGAAAAAUCUACAAAGCAGAUUUUAGUGGAGCUAGUGCUUAUGAUAAUUAAGAAGUAUUUGAUAUUUACCCUUCUUAAAUAAGCCCAGAAAGAGUUAGUGGAUUUAAUUAUUCAUCUAAGUAGUAACUUAUAUCAUUUAAAGAAAGACCAACAUCAUCAAAAGGUAAUGAAAGAUUAUAAAAUUCAUCUGGUAAAAAAUGA